AUGGCGAGGAGCCGGGCGGCUUACGAGUACACGGAGGCGGAGGACAAGAGCAUGCGGCUGGGUUUCCUCCUCAUCGCCGCCGGCUUGCUUUCCCUCUUGGGUUUGGGUUGUUGCUGGCUUCGCCCGGCGCUGCAGGAGCGGGCGGCGGCGAGCCUCGCCAACUGCACGGUGCUGGCGGUGCGGCAGCUGGGGGAGCGCUUCGCCUGCACCUUCUCCUGCGGGGCCGCCUGCCGCGGCACCGCCCGCUACCCCUGCCUCCAGGUCCUGGUCCGCACCUCCCGCUCCUCCGCACCCGCCCUGCUCCACGAGGACGAGCGGCAGCUCCGCACCAACCCCAAGUGUUCAUACAUCCCUCCCUGUGCAAGAGAUGAUCAGGAGAACUCUGAGAACGUCACGUACAAGCAGAAAUACUGGAAAGAGAAAGUGGGUUCUCAACCAUUUACAUGCUAUUUUAACCAGCACUUGAGGCCAGAUGAUGUGAUGCUGAAGCGCACCCAUGAUGAGACUGUCCUCUUACACUGCUUCCUCUGGCCUGUGGUGACAUUCCUGGUUGGAGUCCUCAUCGUGGUCCUGACCAUCUGUGCCAAGAGCUUGGCUGUCAAGGCAGAGGCAAUACAAAAGAAGAAGCAUUUGUGAGUGGCAAGGCUGCUGAUGGAAAAGAAAAAUCUGCAAGAAGAUCUCAAGUGGGGAAACUUGACACACCUGCAGGUCUGCGGGGCACCCUUCGUCUCCUACCAGGGUCUGAUCUGAUGGUGGAGUUGCUCUUGCCUCAGGAUUUUUCUUAGAAGACUGCCCCAUGAAAUGCCAGCUAAUUGCUUCUUCUGCUAUGACAGUAAAUAAGUAUAUUCUACCAAAAAAAAAAAUAAUCUACACUGCACCAAAUAUGCUGUGUGCUGUUAGUGCUGAACUGCAGCUACCCAAGUCCUAGUGGAAUUGAGACAGUUUAUAAAACUCCCUGAUGAUGCUCAUUUCAUCUCUACAAAGCGAUCUUUGCUAAUGUUUAAUAUUAAAUAUUUAAAAUAUUUACUUUAGAUAGA